AUGUGGCCAGGAGACCUUCGCGUCAUCUACGAGAGGCUUCGCAACCUAAACACGAACCACGGAUUCCCCGCCGGCGCCCGUCCCUACAUCUACCAGGAGGUCAUCGAUCUUGGAGGAGAGGCCGUCACCAAACACGAGUACACUCCUCUGGCUGCUGUCACCGAGUUCAAGUUCGGAAUGGAGCUCAGCAGGGCUUUCCAACGCGGCAACCAGCUCAGAUGGUUGGUCAACUGGGGACCACAAUGGGGUCUGAUGGACUCCGAAGACUCUCUCACAUUCAUCGACAACCACGACAACCAGCGCGGUCACGGAGCAGGCGGCAACAUCCUCACCCACAGACAGCCCAAGGAGUACAAAGCAGCUAUCGCUUUCAUGUUGGCCCAUCCUUAUGGAGAGCCCCAACUGAUGAGCAGCUACUCGUUUACUGACACUGAAGCUGGACCCCCGAUGAAUAAUAACCAGGAUAUCAUCUCGCCCUCUAUCAACUCGAUCGCAUUAUUACCCUUUGGUUCACCAUUUCACCAAACAAUCGUUUUCCAGGACGGUACCUGCGGCAACGGAUGGGUGUGCGAGCACCGCUGGCGCCAGAUCUUCCAGAUGGUGCAAUUCAGGAACGUUGCUGGCAACACUGGCCUCAACGACUGGUGGGACAACGGUAGCAACCAGAUCGCCUUCUGCCGUGGUGGACAGGCCUUCAUUGCUUUCAACAACGACCUGUGGGAUCUGAGCCAGACUCUGCAGACAUGUCUACCCGCGGGCCAGUACUGCGACAUAAUCUCGGGCUCCCGCAGCGGUAAUGGAUGCACCGGCAAGGUGGUGACCGUCGGCAACGACGGCCGCGCCCACAUCUCCGUCGGAGCUAACGAAUACGACAUGAUGCUGGCUAUCCACGUAGGAACACAGGUAUGAUU